ACCGCGGAAAUUUUUUAUCAAUAAUAUGUAUCUUUUCUUUCUUAAAUUCUGCUCCUUUAUUUUUCUGUCGUGAUGAUUUAGUUUUAUUCUUCCCACGAAAUAGAAUGUUUCUAUUUUAAACAAAAUUUACUUGCACUGUCAUGGCUCCAGCAAAAAUUAAAGCAUUGAACGACAAUUCGUCCGAUGAGAGUGAAGUUGAUGAAGAGAAUCCCACUGUCACCAGGGAAGCUUUAGAAGAAAAAGCUCUCAUUCGUUACAGAGAAAUAUUAACUCUUCAGCAAGCUCACAAGUGGGAUGAAGCUGAGGAAGCAUAUAAAAGUCUCUUGAGCAGCGACAUUCUGGCCAAGACUACUGGAACCCUUGGUCCUGAAACCUGCCGAGUACAACAUUCUCUUCUUCACAUGAAAUACAGUUGCCUGAAAAAUCUGGGUAACAUUUUCAUUCAAAAGAAGGAUUUUCAGUCAAGUUUAGACUACUACUUGCAGGCUGUUGAGAUUGAUAAUUCUGAUAUAACCGUCUGGUUCCGAAUAGGACGAAUUGCUAUGAGAAUUGCAGACUUAAAUUUGGCCAUCUCUGCUUUUCUUGAGGGUUUACGUUGUAACCCAAGGCACUGGCCUUGUCUGGAUAACAUAAUAACCAUCUUUUAUGCUGUUGGAGAUUUCUUGGCCUGUCUCAGCUACAUUCACAAAGCAUUUGAACUGGAUCCAGACUUUGUUAAAGGUCACAUAUUCAUCAAAGAAAUUGAGAAGAAACAUCCUACUGUGUUGAAAGAUUUCAAGAUAUUUUAUCCCGAGUGCUCACUUGAAGGACGAGAGGAACUCGGUGUAGAAAGAGAGGAAAUCCAAUUCAUUCUUGAUGAAGUUGAGGAACUACAGAAAAAUGAUCGGGCAGUUAAUCGCCCUGCUCCAGAUGAAGAAAUCCCUCCUACACAGAUACUUAAACCAUUCAAGAAAAAGAGUUGGCUCAACCUUGGGCAAGCUCUCUUGGCGCUGCACGAAGAUCUCAGUAGGAGCUUCCAAAUUAGCAUAUUUUCCCGGGUAAGGCUGAAAGACUCAGAGGCGGAGUCACCAGAGAAAGCAGACAAACAACCUGAGGAUAUGGAGGUAGAAGAAUGUUUAGAGAAUGCUGAUCACACUCAAGCGGGUACGCGAAAUAAACGGAAACGCAGCUCUCCAACACUUGCAGAGCAGUUGCGGUACAGUGACAAAAGACGGUCAGCGCGUGUUAGAGACACCACUCGCAAGCAGGAACCAAGCUUAGCUAGGACUCUGUGUAAUUUAAUUCCUCGUUCACUGAUGCCUCAAAGAGAGGAACAAAGCAACAAAGAUUUUGAUGUUCUCAGAUGGAUGAAUGAAGAUUCUAUGGAUACAAUGGAUAUUUACCGUCUUUUUGAGAACAAAGAGGGCUGUUCAAGAGAGUCAUCCACCUCUUUAGGACCUUCCAAUAAUAUCUCUAUAGAGUCUCGAAUCAAAAUUAUUCAGGAAGAGAAUUAUUUUGACACGAUUGAAGAAAUUAAUGAAUUGAAGUCAUUUUUAGAUACACACAACGAGAAACCCUUCUUUGAGAUUCUGACACAGUUUUUGUUGCAUCUGUCAACCAAGUGGUCCGCAAUGUGGCCACAUGGUUUGAGCCAAGUUUAUCUGAGAAUCUGUAAAAUCAUCCGAGGUCAAGGUCCUCAAAAACAACAUACAAUUUUUUUACUUCAACAACCCACCGAUAUUGUUCGGGCAAAAGAUGAAUUGGUUCCUGAAGCCAAAGCUCUCUUACUAUUUUGUGAACUUCUGCUUGAUGAUUGGCUCCAGAAAGAAAGUGAGGACAAAAAAACAAGUUUACUUGGAAACAGUUUACUUGGGGGUGAAUUAAGUUCACUGAUGUUGGGGGAACUUUGGGACGUCUGCUCAUCAGCAAAUGAUACGAUUCUGAAUGUACGGAGCUAUUGGUUUGAAGCUCUUCUUUCUCUGCACUGUGGAGAAACCCUUUCUGCUGCUAAUGCUUUCAGCUCUAUAGUUUGCAGCAUCGAUGAUACUUUCAAGUUAAAUCUACCCAACUUAGUCAAUAAUUUUGAAAUUAGCAAAGCUGUCGCUCAGAAGUACUUGCAUUCUUUGAAUUGGAAUGAACUUCUUCGCGAGGUCCCAUCUCUGAGAGACCGCGGUCAGUUCUCUGAAGUAAUCAGCAUAUUAAAGGACUGCUUAACCAGUACUAAUCCUAUUCUCCAAGCUGCACAACCGAUUCUGGACAGAUUUGAGCAGUACUGUAUUUUAUUGGAUUCUUUAAUUGAGCUGGAAAAAUAUCAAGAUUGUUUUGAAUUUUGUGAAGCCUGCUGUCACGAAGCUUUGAACAGCUAUCGAGGGUGCUAUUUGGAUGAGAAUUCAAUGGAAACAAAGAUGCGCUACAUUUGCAUCAUCAACCGUUGUUUGCAGGGCAUGCUUGUUUGCAUUGAAACCAUUGGUGAAAAAAUAGUGUCUGAGUUGAAAGAAGGUCGUGGAACUCGGCUAAUUCAAACCCUGAGUAACAUCAUAUGCCAUCAAUCAGAAUACAAUGAAGCAAGUGUUGAUGAGACAAUCAACUGUACUAUCCCAUGGACACUCUUUUAUUAUGUCAUAAAGUCAACGGAAGCUCCAUACGAUCAAGAUUUGAUGAUCCCCAUCUCUCUUCAAGUUUUAUUUACAGCCCAUGAUUAUUUAGGAAGACGGUCGUGGUGUUUGUAUGAUGAAGCAGCUGUCCUUUUUCUAAUCCUGCACAUAGUGGAACCAAUCUUACGAUCUCCGACUUUAGAUUUAGAAAUCAGACUUGCUCUGGUGCAGCAAGUUGACCAGAUAUUUUUCUGUCUCUACCAACAUCCUUACAAACGGAAUAAGCCUAGACACGUUGUGGAUCACAAUGUUCUCGGCCUGGCUUUAACCUGGAGUCGUGCUGUCCAAAUGUACCGUUUUUACAAGCCACUGGAAUUGCCUGCGUUCGACUCAAACAAGUCCUCAGCCAUUUCUGGUGAUUUUGAAAGUUUGGUCAAACGUCUCAUACCUCUUAUACCCAAAGAUCUCAAUCCAAGCCAUCUCAUGGAGGGAGUGAUGGCUUAUCUUAACCGUGAGGUAGACAACGUACCUGAAGUUAGCCCUCUGUUGCCAAUCGAGAUCGAAGAUUGUUUUUAUUUUCUUGGAGAUUAUCAUUUCAAGUCCAAAAGUUGGGGUAAAGCUAUCAAAUACUAUUUACAGGAUGUGUGCCAUAACCCACUCCGGGUUGAUUCAUGGGCAGCCAUGGCACUGGCUCGAGGAGGGCAAGUUGAAAUGAAACUCAACUCAUGUGAAUCCAUUAAAAGUGAAGAGGAGUUUCUAGACCAGGCGAUGAUGGCUUGCCAGUGCUAUAAGCGUUCAUUGGAAAUCGAUGCCCAGCAUCCGACGCUAUGGAUCGAGUAUGGAUCAUUCUCUUACAUGCUUCACUCUUUCUGCUCCAGGCUCUUGAAACAGGAAACAACCAAUUUGAGUUUAGAAUUGUUCGCCACUCUGGAAGAGGUGAAAGAAAAAAUGUUGCAGACUUCGUUCGACUGUUUCAUGUCAGCUAACUCAGUCUACAACAGUCUUAUAUUGGAGGGAAAUGACAUGCAAGAUGAGCGCUGGCUCCACCAUUUCAUGCUGGGAAAAAUAGCAGAAAAGAAAGAAGAACCGGCAAAUGUCUAUAUUGAUCAUUAUUUGAAAUCGACAGAACUACUCCAUAGCAGCGGAGCUCAGUACCCCACCACUGUGAACUACUCAAAUCCGCAGUUCUAUGCUGUCGAAGCUCUUGAGUUAUAUUUUCGGAUCCACAGCUCAAUUUUAAAACGAAUCGAACAGUGUGAAGAUAAACCGUUGCCCCCCUCAACAAGGCACCUAUUCAAAACAACUGUUGAAAACCUCAUGAAAAGCCCUUUUGCAACUCACAAUCAAGAUGCGUCCAUCAAACUGUCAUCCAGCAACCUGGCUGAUAACCAUGAUCUGAAGGGGGAGGAAGAGAGCGAGGAGAACUCUAAUUGUAUUUUACCGGAGGUGGAGGAUCUCAUGAAACAUCUCCUCCAGAGUGUUUUGGAAUCACUCAUUGCCCAUGAGGAAGAUGUCAAAGAGGAUCCAGAAGAUGCAAGUGCAUUAGGGAAGAAAAAAGAGGAUGAUCUCAAACAAGAGGUGAAAACAGGCGGUUUUCCAGAAAAUCUUGAAGUAAAGCAAGAACAAACUACCGCUCAAGGAAGCUGUUUGGAAGAGUCAGCGCUAGAAAUUGUUUCAAAUACAGAUGGAGAUCACAUCAAAACAGAGAUCACCUGGGAUGUUCCUGCCAAGAAUUCGAUGAGCCCAAAAGGAAAGGAGCUUGCCGAGGAAAUGAUGCAAGUAGCGAAAGAAACGGAUGGUUCUCAAAACGACGUUGAAAUGAUCGAUGAGAAUGAAAUAGAUCUGCAAGAGGAGAACCUAAAAGCAAAGCAAGAGUUGCUCAGUUCGGACGAGCAUGAGACUGAUACGGAAGAUGUGUGUGAGUCUGAGAGGGAGGAGCAAUCGGUGACAGAUUCAGGGCAAGCCGAAGAGGAGAAAUGCGAACUAAGUUUAAGUGAAAAUGAAUCAACGAAAAACGUGACUGAACCAGAACUGAGUUGGGAGAAGAAAGAAACAGAAAAGAACGAGAAUGAUACCAAGGAGAAACCCUCGGUUGAUUCACAAGAGGUGCAAGAAGAAGAAGAAGAAGAAGGAAAUGAAAAUGAAGAAGAAGAAAGCAUGGAGAUGGUGCUCAGUGAAAUAACCGGGGAAAUGGAAAAAUGUAAAAAGAAAGUGGUUACCGAAGAAGAGGAAAUGACAUCGCCUGGCAGUCCCUCAUCAGAAGGAGGAACUGCUGCAGGAAAAGAAAUGGAUGUCUUCGAGACGAGUGGUAAAAAGCGGAAACACUCUCAUGGAAACCUGAAAGCAAAGGUGGACCCACUCAGCUCGGAAGAUUCAUCUGCCUCCAACUCUUCAUCAUCUUCCUCGGCCUCGUCUAGCUCAUCCAACGCAUCCGAUUCCUCUACCUCAUCAUCAUCCUCUGGAUCGGGCUCCAGCGAGUCAUCUGUGUCCUCCUCAUCAAGUAGUGAUGCGUCAUCCAGCUCAGAGGCACUCGAGUCGACAACUGCCAGUGAGUCAAAGUCAGAGAAAAUGACUAUAAAAAAGAGAAAGAUGGAGGCAGUCAGUCAAGAGAAUGAAAAUGAAGAGAACUGGAAAGCAGUUCAAUCAGAAUUGACCCAACACUGUUUAAAUGCCAUCGUUGAGUGUACACGAAGGUUUCCGGAGCAUUACAAAUCUCUGUACCGCUUAGCUCACUACCAUUUCCGAUCAAAGUUACAUCGAGAUGUGAAAAAGUGUCACACGAUCUUACUUGGACCUGGUGGGCUCUUUGCUGAUAGGAAGUUCAACAAUUUCUUCAAUGGAGUUUGGCGCAUUCCAUCUGGUGAAAUAGACCGAGCAGGGUCUUUUGCUUAUCAUAUGAGCUGCUGUGUUCACUUGGUGGUUGAUAUGUUGCGGGAUCUCAAAGAUUUUUACAUGCUUUUGGAGCUAUCAAUACAACUGCGAGAUAUGCCCGAGCCGGACAAGAAAUACCUUCGAGAUAACGAAAGAGAGCAGCUGUCUAAAGAAGCCUUUUCGCUAAGCUUGAACUCAGUGCGUAAAAUUACCCAAGAGUCUUUCUUGCAGAAAAAUCCAGUGGCAAAAGAGACUCAGAAAGCAACCCUCCUGGAUGUUUAUCGGUGCUAUCACAAAGUCAAUAAGUACUGGCCUCAAAAGGAGCAAGUCUUCAGUAAAUUAUUGACUGACUUUUACCGAAAGUAUUUCCCAGAAAAGUCAACUGGAAAUAUUCUUGAGUCGGCCAUAAAGUUUUGCUCAGCUGAAAUCAAUGCCGUCAAAUCUGCUGCAACGCUUGCAGCCACUGUGAAUGCUACCCCUCCUCCGAUUGUUCCUGAUCGACCUGCUUCCUCCAGUAAAACUACCAACCAGGCACCUACCCCUGCAUCUGCUCCGUUCAGUCCCAAGGUCACCUCUAGCGUCAUGCUUCAACCUCCUGUGCCAAAAUCUAAGUCAUCCGCUCCUUUUUCACCACACUCCCCGAGACCAGUGGGGCGGCCUCCUAAAACGCCCAACGUAAAUGUUAGGCCUCCAAAAGCGGAUACUGCUAUCUCAGCUUUCGAGGUCAAAAUGUUCGACCUCAUUCGCGCUGUCAAGCUCAAUUUGAAGAAACAGCACGUACUAACUGACCCAGAGCACUACCCUCCGAAUAUCUCAGUUCAAGAGCGAACAAUGAUUGCAAAAUAUCUCAUCAGCAAGUAUGAGGAGAAAGAGCGCAUGGCAAUGAAAUUGCAAAAAGGCAUGUUCUCCAAAACUUUGGCUGCUUUCCAAAGUGGUGCCAGAAGUCCUGGACCGAUCACUCCCCAGAGAUUUUCAAGUCCAAAACGUCCAGAUAGCGCAAAGAAGACGCCCACACCAUUCCUCCCCAAAGACUUCUCCCCAACUCCAAACGUCUCAAUUACUCCAGUUAGUACCAAAAUAGCAGAGAAGGAUACUAGGAAACAAUCUUCAGGCAAACAAGUCCCUAAUUUAUACCAAGGGAAACGUUUUAUUCAGUCCAUUGAUCCAACUGGAGCUUACACAACCCCAUCAAUGCACCAAAGAAGUCUUCAAUCCAAUCAGUUAAAAAAUAGAAACCUUGCUGUAUCAAACCAAAAAUCUAUCAGAAAUUCAGAAACGGCGGGAAUUUUAGCCAAACCUGUAUGUCCAACCGGUGCCGUUUCAAUCAGCAAGGCGGCACCCUACAAUACCAAGCCUGGGCCAAAACCACAGCCUGCACCUGCUCACUCAGCACCAAAACAGCGCAACGCCUCGAAUCUGUUACCUGCCCAUAUCUCCAAACUUGGAACCGUUUCUUUGAGCAAAAGCAUCUCGUUGACGCCUGUUCCACCUGUGGAUAAACCUGUACCCAGACCAGGCGUAUCAAAAGUCCCUCCAAGCAAAGCUACCCCUGUUGAUAGAGCCUUGUUCACAACCAAAGUAGCCUCUCCUAAAUCUAUCGUUCAACAUAUUUCUAGUAACAGUGGUCUGUCAAUCACAAGGUCUCCCGGAGCCCCGAAUCCGAAACCCAUGUCACCCUCUGGUGGAAUGAUAAUUAAGAAAGCGCAACCAUCCACAUCAAUAUCUACGCCAAGCCCCAAAGUAACUUCUCAUGCCUUAACUAGCGAGGUUGAUAUUCGCACUGUCAUUCCGAAGGAUUUGAUCAUCACAACGGUUGGUAAAGGAAAAGACUCCACUUCUGAGUCGCCUGUUACAAUUCAGAAAGUGAAGCAUGCUGACAGCCCAAAACCAGCUGAACAACCUGCUGAUGUUGUUUCAGCUCUCAAAGCCUUCAACAAGAGUAUCACAAUUUUUCCCACGGAUGCUCCUUCAAAAUAAGAUUUUAUUUUUUCCUUCUAUUGUGAUAAAAAAUGUGCAGAUAAGGAAAUAUAUGCAUGAGAGAAAGUACAUAAAUCCUACCAGGAGCCAUCCUGACAUUGAAUACAUCCAAGAAGAACAAAAAUAAGUUACCCAUAAGAAAACCCUAGUUUUCCACCCUCUACAUAUUCAUAUUUUUUUGCUUCUUUUCUCGCUCCAACUUCUCUCCGUCUUUUGACUGUGCAUCUAGAUUAUUAUCAGGCAACAAAGCCACUCCUCUGCUAUUUUCUAGUCAAAUAUUUGUCAAAGUAUAAAAGCAAUCAACGUUUCUAAAGUUUCAUGAAGUUUCUAUUUUGUGAGGAACAAGGAAAAUUUACAGAUUUUAAAGAAAUCUUCAAAAGUAAAAAAUCUUGUUUGUAAAUAUUUUUAAUUCGUUUUCUCCCAUGGUUUUAGGAAAUCAAAAUCUGAUUUGAGUUGUCUCAAAAAUGAAUUUGACUGUGUGUACUUCUAAAGUGACUCCACAUGAUGAGUCCUUUCAAUACUCAUAGAGAGAAUAAGUCUUUUUUGCAAUUGAAUCGGUUAUUUACAAAAGGGCUCAAGCGCCAGGUAUAAAAAUACCAAAAAACAAUAGAAACUGUACGAAUCAACCCGUUUUAAAUUGCAGAUUCAUUAAUAAUGUGAUUAAUUAAUUCAUCGUUUUAAUAUUUUAGAGCUCUGAGAUUCAGAAGGGGUCAAUUAAGCUCUGGUGGGUUGAAGCAACUGUACGCCAACUCAGUAACGCAUUUUUAUAAUUAUUUUUUAACUCAAUGUUCUAUUACUUAUAAGAAAUCCAAAGAACAUUCAUCCAUCUAUAUAUUCAGAGUAAGGCAUACUAUUGAGAACUGCAACUGAGAAAAAUGUUCCGUAAUGGUAAACAGACUCUCUCAUAAUAGAGAAUCAUGCGCGAAAGAAUAAUGCAAAAUCUUGAAUGAAGUCGUUGCUUUGGAGGGCAGAGUUGGACACCAGCUAAAAUGAAGGCAUGCCUGGAAUUUAUCACACCUUAGCUGAUUCCUGAGCUGCAUUUGCUAACAAUGAAAGUUUUCUGUCACUACCGAUACUAUCUCUCACCAAAUCUCUCUUAGGACAAAAUGUACAA